UGUGUAUUGAGAAAUAGCGAGCUCUAAGGUUGCAAUUGUCCCUACAGCGACACGAAGCGCUUGUUAACCAUCAUUGCUGAUAUGCGUUCCUUAGCCGUCAGCGUCUUAGAUCCAAAUCGUGAUGAGACGUUAUAAAUAGAAUGGCGAAGCUCGAAGCCAAGGCCUUUAGUGCUCUCUAUUUAUGAAUCAAAUGGCUGCCGGUCUAACAAUCCGCAGCAACUAUGCUCUUCCUCGCACCAAUAAUUCAUUCAUUGACAUCUUUAUUGAGAAAGCGACCUCGGAUAUCAAUUCCAUCGGGACUACUCAGGGCCGCUCUCGCCACGCGAGUAACGCUCGCUUCUUGUCUGCACGAUUUCAUUUGUGGAAAAAGGUGCAUGGGAUGAAAUCUGAUAUCUCUUGAGCUUACAGUGCAAACCAUUGGGACUUUGUUUUCGGCAAACUAAUCUCGUAGCAGCGACUGUUGUAGAUUCUCGGCUAAACUGGUCGGUGAUUGCCUCAUAACGACAACGCAACUACAGUCUCCGUCAUCUGAGGGAAUUCAUACAACAUAGAGCAUAGGGCUAUCGAGAGUGAAUCAAUAUUGCCCCGUAUUAUGCCUGCGCUAUGAUCCGAGCCGAUUGAUGGAUGCGAUUAUCGCGACCGGCUGGGUCAGGCUUUCGACAAUCGUGGCGUGAAUCCCGCCCUUCAUUACUCAUAGCGCGUUUGUCCCCCUACGGAUCCCAGAAGGCUUGAAGCCAUUUCCUAUGGUGCUAUGGCGUCAUGUUACAGCAGAGGAUAAUCGGAAUUACAUGUUUAGACCCCAUAGGACAGAGAAUGGCAUGUCCUACACGCUUUGCGGCGUACAGUUUCCCAUCUGUCCCACUCAGGAGCAUUUCCAGUUGGUCUCACGUGUGGCACCAUCCUCAUGAGUCCGUAGACGAUUAGACCGGUGGUCAAUAUAUUCCCUCGAUCGACAAUUCAUAAUCACAGCCUAGCGGCGGAGUUCUAACAGGGCGCAGUUCUAUGUGUAUGGUGCUCCUCCGCGUCUUACAUCAUCACUUUGAGAACCCCCAUGGGCUACCCUCGGCUAUGAAAAUUCGCCUAGAUGGUCAUGUCUUAUUGAAUUACGGAUUUUAAAAAGAAUUGGAGCUAUUAUAUAUCAAAAGGACAGCCACCAGGGCAACUACUUCAUCCGAGCCUUACGCAAAAUGUGGUGACAGGGCCGAGAUCGCCGGCUACCGGACGCCAAGACGCCAACGCCUUUCGGCGGCGUUUCUGGAAAAGUAAGCGAGCUGGUUCCUGGCGUUGCAGCCAAACCCUGUCCUGCUGCCCAUGGAACAGAGUCCUCAGGCUAUCCAGGGAUGCGACCGUCUUUUAUUUCAUGACCAAUUGCCAUGACUAUUUCUUCUUCUCGACCUCCCGG